UCAAACGGCUCUGGAACAGCCGAAAAACAGCGGCAGCACCAGCAAAGAAACAGCAAGAAGAAGAAGAAGAAGAAGAACGGGAUUAAUUGUCAAAAUUCUAUCUUGGUUUCAUCUCACUUGCUUUGCACGCAUAUGUUGGCAGCUAACUAGUUGAAGAAAUAACGGCUUGAUUUUUAAUGGUUUAAAGGGAUUUAGAUUGAAGUAAUGGAGGUAGCUACAGAGCAAAAGAGGACAAGUGUGCCGGUGUUGCCAUGGAUGAGAAAUCCAGUUGAUAAUAGCCUCUAUGAAGAAUGUCCGCUUAAUUUCCUCCCUUUUCUGGACCCCAGUUGUAUUAUUUUCAGGUUAGAGGCAGCUUUAUGUAACAUGGGUAUCAGUUCACUCUUUCCUGUGCAAGUUGCAGUCUGGCAAGAGACAAUUGGACCUGGUUCUUUUGAACGUGAUCUUUGUAUAAAUUCACCUACCGGGAGUGGGAAAACUCUUGCUUAUGCUUUACCAAUUGUGCAGACGUUGUCAACUCGUGCAAUAAAAUGUCUCCGUGCUUUGGUGGUGUUGCCCACUCGUGACUUGGCUGUGCAGGUCAAGGAAGUCUUUGCUUCCCUAGCUUCUGCAGUGGGCUUGUCUGUGGGUUUGGCUGUUGGUCAGUCUUCAAUUGCUGAUGAAAUUUCGGAGCUCAUCAAGAAGCCUACACUUGAGGCUGGUAUCUGUUUUGACUCAGAAGAUUUCUUAUUGGGCUUAAGAAGUUCAGUGGACAUACUGGUAGCAACACCAGGAAGGCUGAUGGACCAUAUUUACAAUACGAAGGGUUUUACGCUUGAUCAUCUUUGUUAUCUUGUGGUUGACGAAACAGAUCGGUUACUUAGGGAGGCUUAUCAAUCAUGGCUGCCUACCGUCCUUCAAUUGGCACACACUCCUAAUCAAAGUCUGUAUCCAGAUGCAAGCAACAUUUUGUCUCCUACUUUUGGGUCUUUGAAGACAAUCAGGACGUUUGGGGUGGAAAGGGGGUUUAAGGCUAAGCCUUACCCGAGGCUUAUGAAGAUGGUUCUAUCAGCCACAUUAACCCAGGAUCCAAGCAAGCUUGCGCAGCUUGAUCUUCACCAUCCUUUGUUCUUGACUACUGGACCAAGGCGUUACCAGCUCCCCGAACAACUAAAAUCCCUCAAAGUGAUAUGUGAACCCAAGUUUAAACCACUUUAUCUACUCGUCCUAUUGGAAACUUUGCUAGGGGAAAAGUGUAUUGUUUUCACGUCAUCUGUGGAGUCAACUCAUAGGCUGUGCACCUUACUGAAUUUCUUUGGUGAUCGGCAAAUCAAGAUCAAAGAAUACUCACGUCUUCAACGUCAGACCAUAAGAAGCAAGACAUUGAGGGCAUUCCGAUCUGGAGAAAUACAAGUGCUAGUUUCCUCUGAUGCGAUGACUCGUGGAAUGGAUGUUGAAGGGGUGAAAAAUGUAAUUAAUUAUGAUAUGCCUGCAUAUAUCAAAACAUACAUUCACCGGGCUGGUCGAACUGCGAGAGCUGGUCAAACUGGGCGUUGCUUCACAUUGUUGCUCAAAGAUGAGGUUAAGCGAUUCAAAAAGAUUUUGCAGAAGGCUGAUAAUAAUUCCUGUCCUGUUUAUUCUAUCCCGUCUGAAUCAAUAGAGUCGCUUCGUUCUCUGUAUACUACAGCUCUGGAGAAAUUGAAAGACAGUAUUGAAUCAGAAAAGCAUGGAAAACGCAGGAUUAGCACGAAACUUUCUAAAAAGAAGGAAAAAUCUGCUUGAAGGAGCUAGUGUCAUUUUCUUGGAAUGAUGUCUUGGAACCAAAUCUCUCCAUCUGUUAAAAAAUCAUCCACAUCCAUCCCUCCAGCCGGACUCCAAUUUCAUCAGCGCUCUACUCCACGUUGACCUAACCCUCAUAACAAUAUACGAACAAAUGUCGGAUCACAAGCCACUGAACUAUUCCAGUGUUGAUGAAGAAGAAAUUGCACAAAACCAGAGUACCUUCUGACAACUUACUGCAGUGUUUUCAUAUCUCAACGCCACUCAUUUAUGGAAGAAUGAGAUAUUCACCCUCUUUUAUAUGUCAAUGCCACUCAAUUGCGGAGAUAUAUCGAUGUUCUAAUCCCUGAUGUACAAGCAGUUGCAGGCUUUUCCUUGCACAAGGACUUUAUUCAUCCUUUAUAUUUUUGUACUUAGCAUUUCUAAGUUCAUCCAUUCUGUAAUAGCUUUUAAGAUUUUUAGACGAAAAGGUUCAACAUACUAUUGGAUUUGGAGCAGAUAAUUGUCAAAAAUUUAAGUUGUCACCA